AUGGCUGGUAGUGGAAAGAAAGCCAGGCGUAGUGGGUCCGAUGAUGAAGAACAUUUAAAAAACUUGUCUGAAGUGUUGAAGCGUAUCAGAGAUCAUGGACUUCGUUUGAAGGAAGAUAAAUGUCCAUUCUUUCAGUCAUCGGUACAAUAUCUUGGUCAUGUCAUCGACAAGGAUGUUGUUAAUGCCCAUUCAAAAUGGCCAGAGCUUUUUAAAUUUCAAGUUGGAUCAAGCGGAACAAAGCAAUUAAUAUUGUCAUUAAAACACCUAGUGGCAAGUUUUGAAAUUCCAAAGAAAAUCGCCACCGACAAUGGCCCUCAGUUUGUGGCGAAAGAGUUUAAAGAUUUCUGUAAUCAGCAAGGAAUCUUUCUCAGUUUAACACCUCCUGACCACCCUAAAAGUAAUGGACAAGCAGAAAGAUUCAUUCAGUCGUUUAAGAGAGCAGUCCGAAAAGGAUUAGAAACACCAGGAGCGAAUCGGCAAGACGUUGUUACUGACUUUCUCAUGGUAUACAGGAGUACAGAACAUGACACUAGUGGAGAGUCUCCAUCCAAACUUCUAUUGGGUAGGGAAAUUUGA